UUGCCGUACACAAAGCUUCGAGGCCGUCCAGUUUCGCAUUGAGGUGGGUUUGGCUCUCUCGCUGUUUGGCAUUUGAUAGAACGAUUUCGAGCCGCUCGCCGCACGUCAGCGCGAAAACCGGAGCCGUGCAACAAGUUGUUGCGCUCGUGUUCUCAGUUUGUGUUGCAUUCAGCCGCCCGCUUUCCUCUGAAGCGAAAGGCGUCGCCGCUUCAUUUGGUGAUAACUGGCCAUGGCAUGAUCGGAGGACGAUAACAGGCGUUUUAUCGACGACCCACGCCGUUCGUUGUGCCGGCGAUUGCUCUGUCGCCGGAAAGGCAGCGAGCGUUUGCGUGCAUUUUGCACACGCCGGUCGCACCGCAGCUGCUUGGACGUUGGCCUUGUAGCGACACGAGAGAGCCGCAGUGCUAAGGGCGUUAGGAAACGCGACCUCUUCGGAAAACGGCGCCGUGCACUCGACUGCCGUCGCUACAAGAUGCCGGCAUCAAAGGUCCAGAAGCACCCGCUUCACUGUCCGAGCCUGGACGACGUCGCCAAAGUUUUGAACGAUGGACUUAAGGGCACAUUCGAGCAUGUUGAAGUGUCUGUGGUCGACUGCCCGGACCUGAAGGAAAAGCCCUUCAUGCUUGCUUCUGAAGGUAUAUGCGGCAAGCCCUGCCUAGCAGACGUCGGUGGGGUUCCUUACUUAGUUCCUAUUGUGCAAAAGGACAAGAUCUACAGUUUAGAACAAGUCGUGAAGCAGACAAACAUUUCUGACGCUCUUGUCAUUGGCGCUGGUGCUGGUCCAUUCAAUGUGGUCGGCGUCAACAGUGAGAUGAUGCAUAACAUGAAGUACGGUGAUAAGCCUUUCAACAAUAGUCACUUUGCAAAGAUUACUGAGGAUGGUUCCUAUGAACUGGGCCGAUUCACAACUACCUGCUGCGAAUUUGGCCUAAUGGCUAAUCUGCUGAUCUCGGAAGGCAAGCCAGGAAAGGUAAUCCGUGUGAGUGCCAAAAAGCGCACAGGUGCUGACAACUUUGUGACUGCCAUGAGGAAAGCACUUGCUGCUCACUACGGCACCAAGCCAGUGGGACUCGGUGGUGCUUUCGUGCUUGCAAAAGGAAAAGCAAAGCUCCACAUCAUGCCAAAGUUUUCCACAGCGCCGCUGCUAACGAAUGAAGCCAUGAACUGCUGGCUCAAAUUCUUUGAGAUGGAGGCCCCCUUGGUAUGCCUCAGUGUGUUUGUCUCCCAUGACCCGGGCUGGGAUCUUCGAAUUGAGCACACUCACUGCUUUAGCGACCACAAGCAAGGUGGACACUACCAUUACGACACUACACCUGAAGAUGUUGAAUACUUGGGCUACUUUAACGUUGCCGAGUGUAUGUUUCGAAUUGAUGCACCUGCGUCAACACACCAGAUAGGCAGGGAUUAACAUGCUUCUUGUUGGAUGUGCCUUCUUUUCAUAAGUGCUUUAUUGAAAGCUAUUAUGGGAGAAAAUUUGAAAAGAAAAUGCAUAGCUGCUUUCUCUAGAAUGUUAUAUGUCUUUGUCACAUGGGCAGUUUCGAUCCUUAUUGCAGUCACUUGGCACUGUUCUCGUUGAGUUUAACUAAAGCAUAAUGUGUGCACUGGUGCAACAGAUGGGAAGCCAAGCGCGCUUGAAAAUGACGCAUAGCAAUGUUCCACUAGUGUGGAAUUCAGAUUCAGAUUUUAUUGAUGCGAUAAGUUUAUACAUAUUUGGAUGGGUGUCACAUACAAGAGGACCCAUAGUCCGAGACUGUGCGGGCAUCUCUCCUACAGAUUGAAGUUUGAUCCAUGUAUAAUAACUCGAGCUUGAUCUACACUGUCCAUGUGACAAGAACCUAUAGUCAUUGCACUAAUUUGCUUUCAGGUAGUGUUCACAAGUGUUUAUUGAGACAUGACAUAAAGUUAAAAAAUUUACUGUAGCCCCUGACAAGUCAAGAAUGAAGGUCUCGCGGGAUCGAAUCCCGGCCACGGCGGCCGCAUUUCGAUGGGGGCGAAAUGCGAAAACACCCGUGUACAUGUACUUAGAUUUAGGUGCAUGUUAAAGAACUCCAGGUGGUCGAAAUUUCCGGAGUCCUCCAGUACGGCGUGCCUCAUAAUCAGAAAGUGGUUUUGGCACGUAAACCCUAUAAUUAUUAUUUAAUGAAGGUGAGGCCUAUACAACAAGGUGUGUCUCUGCGCCUCUGCAUGCUUCCGGAAAAUGCAGUUCUCUUGCAGAUCAUGCAGGCGUGAAGAAUAGGUUGCUCAGCAACAGUUGACAUUUCACAAUCGUGCUCCAAUUGCACAAAGAUCUAGCAUUAGGAGAUGUAGGGACAAAGACAGCACACUGCACAAACUAUAUGCAGAUAACAUGGAGGACAUUGAAAACUGUUGUAAGAGACUCUGAGAGUGAUUAUCCUGUACUCCGGUAAAUAAAGUCCUCCUUGCCAAUCUCCUCAAGAGUGCGAACAUCUGCAUGCUUUGGCUAAAUGAAAUGCAUCAAGGAAGGUGCAGGGCCCAAGCUUAACCUGUUUACAGGCGUGAAUACUCCUUGCACCUAAAGCAAGGAAACCUCCUCCCCUCACACCAGGGUUGAUCUUGGCAGCCAGAGCCCAAAGGUGAUGAAAUCCGAAAAUGCUCGAGUAUCAAGCUGUGGAUACAAUGUUAAAGAAGCCCUGAAACACCUUUACUUAAAAAGUGAGCAACAUGCGGGAGUGUGAGCAGUGCUUUUCAAGAAGCAUAUUUGGGAUUUUUUUUUUUCUGAAACGUAAUAUGAGUGGAGGGAUAGAGUGCAGUGCUUACUUGGAGGUUCCCUGCUUCAUGCAGCGAAAUACCGUAUUUACUUGCAUAAUGAAUGCUCUCGCACAGUGAACGCUGCCCCUACUUUUCCAAUGAAGAAGGGUGUUUUUUCUUUUCCCUGCAUAAUGAUCGCACCCUGAACUUGCUGCCGUGAAGUAGGAGACACACGGUACGAUCUGGUGGGUGCAAUUGUGUUCGACACCUUGUCGAAUGCCAAAUCGUACCGUGGCUCCUACUUUUAUUGCAAUAGCAAUUAUAUGGAUGCUCCAGGUGCAUUUUUGCUGUCGCCGCCGAGCGCCGCACUGUGUAGGUGUGAGAGGGGAGCUGACAAGCACGGCUCAAUCUCGCGCACGGUCUUUCGUCGCACUAAAGGCCCUGGGGAGGGGGAACGGAUGGCGGUGUUGUACUCUGACAGCAACUGCGUAUUGCACGACCACGUCCAAGGUGUGCCGACGAUCGCAGUUAAAUCUCCUGCGUUACAGGCAUGAGGUUGCGGGAUCAAAUUCCAGUCGCGAUGGCUGCAUUUCGAUGAGGGUGAAAUAAAAAACCUCUGUGCACAAGUGCAUUAGGUACACACGAAAGAACCCCAGGGGGUCAAAAUUUAUCCAGAGUCUCCCACUACAGCAUGCCUCAUAAUCAGAUUGUGGUUCUGGCACAUAAAACCACCGAAUUCAAUUAAAUAUUUUCCUCACCGUGUUGAAAAGGUGUUUCAUAGGCCCUUAAGAACCCUUGAGGUGAAAAUAAGUAGCGUUCUGCCGUGGCAUCUCUUACAUCUCUGUGAUGCUUUUGGAUGUUAAAGCCCCUAAAUAACAAUGGUAGUCCCCCACAAGAGUCAGAAGGUUUAUGUUAUGGCAGACCCUUUGUAAGGAAAAGGUAGGGCCAGGGAUGGCAAUGAAGAUGGACCAUAGUAGAGAAUUUGGCAAAGUAAUAGCUGGUGCAUUUGUGCGUGUUCUCUGUGAAGGGCACUUGCUGCUGCGUUCUUGACUUGUCAGUUGCUGUCGCCAAGUCAUGCUUGUUGACAGGCGCAGUUUCAUAGUUCAAAUGACAUUAUGCAAGUACAGCACACCUUUGAAUAAUGCAAUGCUUCUAGGUGAGUGCUGGAUCAUGUGAGGUGCCUUUCCUGUUAUAUCACUUUUGACAUCUCGAGGGCUUUUUAUUAUGUUGGGCCCUACUUUACAUUUUGUCGCUCGCAGCAGGGACAUCUUGACAGCUGAAUAAUACCUACCUUUUGCCACUGACAUGAAAAAAAAAUUUUUUUUUUGUGAGCCAGCUUACUUAUAAAUGUGCUUAUAGAAUUGCAUAGUGCAACGAUAAUUACAAAAAUAGGGACAUUUAAGAUAUGACAACCACUGUGCCAUUUGAAUGACUAAAUGUGUGAUUUGCAAUGCAUAUGUUAUGUCAGUGGUGACAAGAACACUCGAACAGAAAUACAUCAGAGUAUGUCAUAUCAUGUCUGUCCUCUUUCAGAGGUUGCUGAAAUAAUAAAGGUCUUUCUAUAUUUUGUGACACUUUAUGCUAAAUUAUGUAGUAAUGACAGUAUUGCUGGUCUGACGUAGGUACUGUUAUGCCACUUCUUUAGGAGAGGAAAGAGCAGGAAAAGUUAAAAUUUGGCAGCAAAGUUUUAAAUUAUUUCAUGGUGGUUGAUAUACAAAUAUGCAAAGUCCUGUUGCAUUUAAUAAAAGUUAUUGGCACCUCAUCAAUUUAGUAUGAGCAAAUUUCAUUCAAUGCUCUCACAACAGAUGCAAAUAAACCCAACUAUGAAACCAGUCAAAUCCUGCAACGAGCUUCAUGUCUCUGACACUUGAUGUAAGGUCCAUGUACUCCUUACAGAAGGUGGAAAUAGGGUCCAAAAUUAAAUUUUCUUAGUCUGCACUAAGUUUUGUGCACAUAAUUUUGUAGCUAAUUAGGAACUUUGCUCGUGCCUAUGCUGAAGCGCAUAAAGUGACCCUGAAGCAUUCUUCUUUGCAUUUUCAUUGCAUCACCAACGGUGUAAUUUGUCAACUCUCAUUCACUUUCUCAUUUCUGAAACAGACACAAUAAGAAAGUACACUGUGGUCGCUUAUUAUUGGCCGAUAUAACGGGCAAUACGGUGAACGUGAAGAGCAACUACAGCACCAUAAAUAAUUACUUAUGUUCCAGUUACAGGGCAGAAAAAGAAACAACAGCUCUGAUUUGCAACUAAGUUUAUUAAUAUGAUGGAAGAGACUUUAUGACAGUUUUUUGACCGUACUGCUACUACAGUUUUGUAGCUCUCGGCUUGUUUCCCCCGUGUUUGCCAUUCACUGUUCCUUGACAAAGCUUUGUAAAGGGUCAUCAUUUUUGCAGUCAAAAUGUCUGCUAUGGUAUUGUCUUAUGUGCAUGUGUAUAGUGAUUCCAGAUGCUCUAUAAUGUGUUUCUUUCACUGUCCUGCCCUUGUAAUUAUCUCCAAGUAUGAAUGGCAAACAAUUUGCCCAACCAUUCAUCAUUUUGCCAUCAAUAACUGCUUCAGGGCACUUUUAAAUCGGUUGAGCGUUUGAUAAAAUGCCUUGUGGAAUUCAUCUAGUGCAGUAAACACUCGCCAGUAUUGCGGUCUCAUCUACAGCACAAGUGAUUUGCUGCACAAAAAUUUUUCUAUGAGUAAUAAAUGCAUUUGGCAGUGUGUUUGUAUCGCAUUACUGAUACAAUUUCUUGUUCCUUGCCCUUUCUCUACGGUUUUCUGCUUAGUUGAUGUCAUUUCUUUUUGUGCAUGUAUAGUGCUUAUAAUUGAACUAUACCGUGAAUGACGCUUUGCUUUUAUUUCUAAGUAAGCUUAAACUAAAUGAGUGAUAUAAUUGUGGCAGCCUGAUUGACCAGCUUUAUUUGGUGUUUGCUGAAACAAAUUAUUGCUUCUACUGAUUGUUAGCUCUGCUAUUGCUGCCGUGUGAAAGCUAUGUGCCACCUCCUAAUACAUUUACUGUGUGUACACAGUGCCACACAUUUUUCUUUUAAGAUGUAGCAUCACUUCACCAUGAUACUCAUCUGUGAAGCAGGCCAUGACAGCCCAAAACAAAGGAAUAAAUUUAUCCAUAAAAAGUG